AGCAGCAGCAUGGACAUUACCAUCCAGCACCCCUGGUUCAAGCGUGCUCUGGGACCCCUCAUUCCAAGCCGUUUGUUUGACCAGUUUUUUGGAGAGGGUCUCCUCGAGUAUGACCUCCUGCCUCUGUUCUCGUCCACUAUCAGCCCCUACUACAGGCAGUCCCUCUUCCGCAGCGUGCUGGAGUCGGGCAUUUCAGAGGUGAGGUCUGAUCGGGACAAGUUCACGAUCAUGCUGGAUGUAAAACACUUCUCUCCCGAAGACUUGAGCGUGAAGAUUAUUGAUGACUUUGUGGAAAUCCAUGGCAAGCACAGUGAAAGGCAGGACGACCACGGCUACAUCUCCCGGGAAUUCCACCGCCGGUACCGCCUGCCCGCCAACGUGGACCAGGCUGCCAUCACCUGCUCGCUGUCCAACGAUGGCAUGCUGACCUUCUCGGGCCCCAAGGUCCCCUCCAACAUGGACGCCAGCCACAGCGAGAGGCCCAUCCCCGUGUCCCGGGAGGAGAAGCCCAGCUCGGCGCCCUCCUCCUGA